GUCGUAAUACUCUCCGUCUUCCCAUUCCAGUUCCCCUCCCUCUUCCAGGAUCCAAACCCUAGAAAUCUCCUCUGCGUUCCUCUCCCCAAAUCACCGAACCCUAAUCCCGCUUCUUCCACCCCACCAACCCCAUGCCACUGCUUCGCACAUACAGCCGGCGCCGUCGCCGUCGCCGCGACAGCCGUCUCAGUCCUACUCGCUCGCGCGCACCAUAUCAGGAGGAGGAACAUGUGGUUGAGACUGCAUCUGCAAAAGCGCGCGCCGAUCCGCUGUAUGCAAAGGAGGGGCAUGUGCCAUCUUACAUCGCUGCUACUUCCUCAUCCUGUCAGCAAGCAGAUGCAGUAGCUCAGGACACCGAGGUCUUGCCACCAUCAGGAAGCUGCCUUUCCUCAUCUCCGGCAUCACACGUCUGGGCCCGACAUGUGAAAGAUUGGGGACUCAUAUUUUACAUCAGGGUUGAUCUUCAGGGAUCUUUCCACACAUAUCCUGAUGUGGGUGGGCCAUUUCAAAGCUCACAGGAAGCUGACAAGGCUAUUGAUCGCUAUCUUGAGGACCAUCGGGAUCCAAAAAUGCACAUAGGGCAAAAUGAUGAUAUCUCUUCAAUGGAGAAUGUUAUACGGCGAUGCCUUUACUGGCCUGAUGGCACAAUUAAGAGGCGUACAAAAUCAUUUGCGACUUGGGAAGCCAAAAAGAGAAUGCACCAAUUCAUCCAAGCAUUAGUGGACAAGUAUAAUGAUGAUCACAAUCUUUUGGGGGAUUUGGCACUUAAACUCAAAGACGUUUUGCACUACCAACCACUUUGUGAGAACCAUAUGUGGUACUAUCAUCUCAAUUUCACUGCAAAGACUAAAGAAGAUGAUGGUUUCGACUCUACUAGUGACAAUCUGUUCUUUGUGGAAGUCAAAUGUAUGGGAAAAGGAAAUUAUGAAGAAAUGGUGGUCAGCUGUUUCUGCGUGAUUAAUCCUAUUGAUAAUGGUAAACCAUGUAAAGGUUGUACCAACAAUGGAACUGCUGACAUGAAGCACCCUGACACUGGUGAAUACUUUGCUGGUCACUUGGAUGCAUAUUUGCCCUAUGGAUGUUUUGGACAGUGGAGUGACUCUGACGACGAUGAUAAAUACGUGAAAGCCAAGGAGGCUAAGUUAAGGCGUAUGUUCAAGGGCCUUGAUGAUCCACGUGUUACGGAGAAAAUAUUCACACUCCCUCCGGGUGUGACUAUUGUGGAAGACUAAAAAGGGAUGGAGGAACUACUCACACUACCUUUGGGUGCGGCUAUUGUGCAAGACAAAUGGGCCACCGGAGUCAACGUCGCAGCACGUGUAGAAUGUCGGUAUCAAUGAAACACAAAGGCGGUAUCUAAAAUAUUAAACGUCUGCUAUGUAUAUAUCUCAAAUGUCCUUGGUUUGCAUGGGUUAUCUCCGUUGGCGUGCAGCUCCCUGUGAUGAGAUUUGCAUGACUUCCUGAAUUUGGAUGUUGGGAGAUAAUUUCUGUCGACGGAAUACCUGCACUACCCCAGUUUUUCUUAGAACUGCACUACACCCGUUUGCUCAUGGUCACCGUAGGCUACUUCAUACUGUAAUUCCGGCCAAUCCAUCUUAGGACCUACUGUACUUAUUUACUUGGGUCAGUCAUUGAAUGCCGGAGUCGGGGUUCAUUUGUCA